AGAACAGUUUUAAGGACAAUGUUAAAAUGUUUUUACCACGUGAUUGGCACGUGGCCUUAUCUUGACACCCACAAAUAUCUGGAUGAUAAUACACAGGCAAUCAGGUUCUUCAUUUCUUCUCCUCCAUUUUCCUCAAUCACAUUGAUUUCUCUGUGACCCAUCUUCAAACAUCACGAAACACUAACCCAAAUGACAAUUUCUUUUUCUAAUCACCUCUUCACUCGCACCCCUCUCUUCUUCAAGAAUCUUGAGCCCACCAUCUCUGUACUCAAAUUCAAAACCCAUGUAUUUAGGGACCAAAACCCCCCCACCGUGAAUCCCCAAAGUGCUAAUCUUUCUACCCAAAACAUAAACACCCUAAUGCAGAUACAUGAUUCCCAAGAACCCAAUUUUACUAGAAUGAAUAAUCAUGACGAAAGUUUGAAUCUUCUUGAAUGUAUGGUAAAGACUGGGUACAAACCGGAUGUGGUUCUUUGUACAAAGCUCAUAAUGCAGCUUUUCAGGGCCAAAAAGGGGGAAAAAGCAGUGAGAGUGAUGCAGAUUCUGGAGCAAUUUGGUGAGCCAAAUGAGAUUACAUACACUGCUUUGAUUAGUGGGUUCUGUAAAAUGAAUAGGGUUGAUGAAGCUAACAGGGUGUUGAGUAGGAUGAGAACCCGGGGUUUCGCCCCUGAUGUUGUUACAUAUACUAUAAUCAUAAGGACAUUGUGUGAUAGGGGAAAGCUAGAAUUAGGUUUGAAGGUUUUGGAUGAGAUGAAGGAAGAUGAGAAUUGUGAGCCUGAUGUUGUGACAUACACAAUCUUGAUGGAGGCUGCGCUCGUUAAAGGGUGCGUUAGCGAGGCGAUGGAGCUUCUAAACGACAUGUUUGGUAGAGGGCUUGAACCGAAUAUUUAUACUUAUAAUGUAAUCCUUAAGGUAUUGUGUAGACAAGGCAUGAUGGAUCAAGCUUAUGAGUUGAUUAGGAGUUUGCCAGCUAGGGGGUGCAAACCGGUUGUGAUUUCGUAUAAUAUUUUGUUGAGGGCAUUGUUGGAGAGGGGGAAUUGGGAUGAGAGGGAGAAGGUACUAAAAGAGAUGUUGUCCACGGGGUGUGAUCCGAAUGUGGUAACCUAUAGCAUCUUCAUGAUGUCAUUGUGCCGAGAUGGGAAACUAAACGAGGCAAUCGCCCUGUUGAAGAUUAUGAUGGAGAAGGGGUUAACCCCCAAUAAGUUUACCUAUAAUCCAUUGAUUUCCGCUGUCUGCAAGGAGGGAAGACUAGAUUUGGCCAUUGAUCUCUUGGAUGACUUGAUUUCGAAUGGCUGCUCACUGAAUAUAGUGAACUUCAUUAACAUCCUUUGUACAAUGUGUAAAAAUGGAGACGCUGAUCUUGCUAUUGACAUCUUCGAGAGCCUCUGUGGAACGGGUUGUUCUCUAAACGUAUGUCACUAUAACUCGAUGAUAAUUGCUUUAUGGAAAGGCGGGGAAAGAACAAAGGCUUUGAAUUUGGCUUGUGACAUGAUAGACAAAGGGAUUGAUCCCGACAGGGGUACAUAUAGUGGGCUUAUAUCUGGUUUAAGCAAAUGCGCGAUGGUGGAUGAGGCUAUGGCGCUGUUAGAAGUUAUGGAAAGUUGCGGUUUUCCACCCACGGUUAACAUCUACAACAGCGUUUUGCUUGGGUUGUGCAAAUCUCAUAGAUUAGAUGAGGCAAUUGGUGUCCUAGAAGAGAUGACUGGAAAGGGCUGCCAGCCAAAUGAGAAUACUUACAGUGUUCUACUUAAUGGCAUUGGUUUUCAUGGAUGGAGAUAUGAGGCAAUCAUGCUGGCAAACACACUUUGCCAAAUGAAUGUUUUUUCAAAGAGAGCAUUACUUGGUUUCCAAAAGACUUUUCCCAUUCAUGUUUCUUGACAAUAACCUUGUAUUCUGUAAAGAUCCAAUGAAAGAGGACAGGUUUUGUUCUCCUAGCUUCCUCUUUACCCUUAGGGCUCUCUUUUAAUUCUUAUUGUGGUGGUUGGAGAUUUGUGAUCGUAGCAGCUACCCGAAUGUGCAUUCGGGGCGGUGAAGAACGCCUUAUGAGGGUUUUAUCGUGGUAGUUGGAGAUUUGUGAUCACAGUGGCUACUGAAGUUGCGUUCUGGAUGAAGAAUGCAUUAUGAAGAGUUGAACUUAAAACCUUGUAAUUAUCAAGCCAAAUGUCUCGUGAACUUAGUUGGGAUUGUCUCAUUUGUGUUCAGCUCCAUGCGAUACUUAAUAUUGUAUAAGGCCAGUCAUGAACUGAUGACCAUAUUUGUACCUGCAAACCUGCAAUGAUAGUCACUUUUAAUUUUUAAAUGAACCAUAACAGUUGCUACAA